CCGAGCUCUCGAACUGAACAGAACACCUACGGAACCAUGACGGCGGGCCCCUUGUCAGCUGGUCGGGAGCUAUCCGAUCCUCCGAAGGACGGCAUAUCCAACCUCCGCUUCUCCAACCACAGCGAUCUACUCCUGGUGUCUUCCUGGGAUAAUACUGUUCGAUUGUACGAUGCCUGCGCUAAUGCGCCUUCUACCUUGCGAGAAACCUUCUUGCACGGAGGUGCGGUGCUAGACUGCUGUUUCCAUGAUGAUUCUUCAGGUUUUAGUGCCGGCGUUGAUUAUACUGUUAGAAGACUUGUAUUCAGUCAUAAAAGAGAUGAUAUUUUGGGGAGGCAUAAUGCACCUGUUCGCUGUGUUGAAUACUCAUAUACUGGACAAGUGAUCAGCGGUAGCUGGGAUAAAACCUUAAAGUGUUGGGAUCCAAGAGGUGCUAGUGGGCAGGAACACACUCUUGUUGGGACAUAUGCACAACCAGAGCGUGUUUACUCUCUGUCUAUUGUUGGCAAUCAUUUAGUGGUAGCUACUGCUGGAAGGCAUGUUAAUGUUUAUGAUCUGCGAAAUAUGUCGCAACCUGAGCAACGGAGGGAGUCGUCACUGAAAUAUCAGACAAGAUGUGUACGUUGUUAUCCUAAUGGAACAGGCUAUGCUCUUAGUUCGGUUGAAGGUCGUGUUGCCAUGGAAUUUUUUGAUCUCUCUGAGGCUGGACAAUCCAAAAAAUAUGCAUUCAAAUGUCAUCGAAAAGCUGAUGCCGGAAGGGAUAUAGUGUAUCCUGUAAAUGCUAUCGCAUUUCACCCCAUAUAUGGUACUUUUGCAACAGGAGGCUGCGAUGGAUAUGUUAAUGUUUGGGAUGGAAACAACAAAAAGAGGUUAUAUCAGUAUCCAAAAUACCCUGCAAGCGUUGCAGCCUUAUCAUUUAGCAGAGAUGGCAAACUACUGGCUUUGGCCUCAAGUUACACAUUUGAAGAGGGCGAUCGAGAUCAUGAGCCAGAUGCCAUAUUCAUCCGCAGUGUGAAUGAAGUCGAAGUGAAGCCAAAGCCUAAAGUAUUGCCCAAUGCUGCUCUACCUAAAGUUUGACACAUCUUUCCAUUCUUUGGGUAAUUCAACCAUCCAAAAAGUGUAUUUUACCCUUCUCAUCAAAUUAUUGGCUCCCUAAUCUAUUGUAUUCCUUACUUAUGGUAUAAGUAUCACCGUUUGAUUCGAGAUAGUAUAUCUACAAGAGUGUAUCCAAAAUACAAAUUUGAAGGAUAGUUAGAAACAUAAUUAAUUAUCAACCCAAUA